AUGUAUUGUAUCGAGAUAUUAGCAUCAAUACUAAUGUUUUUAUGUAAUCUAUUAGGUAUAAUUUGUUCCUUGAUAUUUAUAAGCAUCUUUAUCGUCUAUCGACAAUGUCGAACAAUGACCACGGUACUGGUGUUAAAUUCAGUUGUCGCUGGUUUCAUUAUAAAUGUCGUGUAUGCUUGUGACGCAUUGUAUCAGAUAAAUCUGACUCAAGCAGAUGCACUGUGCAUAUUUCGUGGCUUUCUACUGUGCGUAACAUUCGCUUUAUAUUUCCAUACGUUUUGUGUUCAUGCUUUGUAUCGCUGGUUUAUGACAAUACCUUGUUUUCGAGAAUAUCUCCGAUCAAAAUGUAUCACUCUAUUUGCUAUUGCUUGUCAAUGGGUCAUUUCGAUACUGAUUAUUCUUUUGAUUUUUUGGAAUAAUGGGAUUAAAUUUCAAUCCUAUCUUCACACGUGUACCGUGCCGCGAGAUGAUACAGUCAACUCGAUUUAUCUUGGACUAUCGGUUUAUUUCUUUCCACUCCUAUUAAUUAUUGGCAUUUACAUUCGAUUGAUCAUCUACAUUCGAACGAAUUCUCAACUAACAGUGAAUUCACAAAAUCUAGCUGAUCAACGACGACGAAAACAUGAAUUUCGUCUCUAUCGUCGUAUUAUUAUGCCCGUUAUCGCUCUUUUUAUCAUGGGUUUUCCUUACACUAUUCUCUUCGGAAUAAGCCAAUUUCUUCAUAUAAGGACACCCUUGUAUAUUCAACGACUGUGCUUCGUACUGAUUACACUUGGACAAGGUGGUAGUAUGUUACUUUGCUUGAUCAACACUGAAAAUAUUCGAAAGUAUCUCAAUUACAACAUGAGGAAGUUAAAACGACGACAACGACGAAUACAAUGUAUCAACGUUGUUCAACUUCCGAUUCAGCGUCUUCGUCCAAGAUGA